AUGCCGCCAACCCAUCGCGUCGCGGUUGUCCAGUGGUCCAUCAAGAACCUCGCUGUGGAACAAAACCACGCCACAGCAUGCGACUACAUCCGCUCUGCCGCCGCACAGGGCGCGGGGUUGGUCGUGCUGCCUGAGUACCAUCUAUUCGGCUGGGCACCGGAAGACCCCCUCUUCGCCGUCCAAGCUUCUCAAACGGCCCAGUACCUCAAAGCCUACCAAGCUCUCGCCAAGGAGCUCAACAUCUGCCUCGUCCCGGGGACAAUCGUUGAGAAGCACCCGCACCCAGACGGAGAUGCGGACCCAGAUAGCUACGUCCUGUACAACACGGCCUACUUCAUCUCCAACACCGGCGAGAUCCUCGGCCAGUACCGCAAGAAGAACAUCUGGCAUCCCGAGCGGGCCUACCUAACUUCAUCCACGUCGGAAGCGCAUCAAGUCUUCGACACCCCGAUUGGGAAGGUCGGGCUGCUCAUCUGCUGGGACAUGGCGUUUCCCGAGGCCUUUCGCGAGUUGAUUGCCGCUGGGGCGGAGACGGUUAUUAUUCCUACUUAUUGGGGCCGCUAUGACGCUUCGCCAACGGCCUUGAAGCAUAAUCCCAACUCGGAAGAGCUCUUCCUCGACUCUACACUAACAGCUCGCUGCUUCGAGAACACAUGCGCUGUCAUCUUUGCAAACUAUGCGGGCGUCGAGCAGUCUCUGGGUAUGUCGCGGGUUGUUCUCCCCAUCGUUGGACCGGUAGGGAAGAUGGGGAACGAGGAGGGUGUUCUGGUCGUUGAUAUGGAUAUGGACCUGGUGAAGAUUGCGGAGGAUAACUACAAGGUCAGAAUGGACCUAGGGAGAGAAGAGUGGUAUUACUCCUACCGGCAUUCUAAAAAGGACUGA